AUGGAAGCACAGGAAUUAAUAGAAAAGAUCGUGGCCACGAGUGACUCCAUACGCAAGCUCAAAGCAGCAAAAGAUGUCGAAAAUGCUACAGAAAUUACGGUCCAAGUACAAGAUCUGUUGGUGCUCAAGAAGCAGUACAAGACGUUGACAGGUGCUGACUAUAUGCCGUCUUUCCAGUCUAAAACAAAAGUCGAGUCGAACGCUGGUGUUACAAUGAAUAAUGAGACCGCGGCGAGGUCCAAGAGCCAGAUGAAACAAGAAAAAAAGAUGAAUGAGUUUCAAUAUCACGUAUUGAGCUCUGGUGCAGUUAGUAGUGCUCAGGUAGUAACCCCGUGGGACGUAGAAGCGGAAGACGGUGUGGAUUAUGAUAAGUUGGUUGAGCAGUUUGGAAGCACCAAGAUUCCACGCGAAAUGAUUGAGAGGAUGGAAAGAUUAACGGGUCACAGGGCUCAUCGCUAUCUACGUCGUGGAUACUUUUUUUCGCAUCGUGAUUUGGAUGUGAUUCUUGAUGCCUAUGAGAAGGGUGAAAAGUUCUUUUUGUAUACUGGUCGUGGUCCAUCGUCGGGCAGUUUGCAUAUGGGCCAUCUCAUUCCAUUCACGUUCACGGCGUGGCUACAAAAUGUGUUUGAUGUACCCCUUGUGAUUCAACUCACUAACGAUGAGAAGUUUUUGUUUAAAGAUCAGACACUUGAGGAGAGCGAGGUCAUGGCUUGGGAGAACGCAAAGGAUAUUAUUGCGUGCGGGUUUGACGUCAGGAAAACCUUCAUUUUUGCCAACACUGACUACAUCAAAGAGAUGUACCCGCAGAUUCUCAAGGUGCAAAAGUGUGUCACGUACAACCAAGUGCGUGGCAUCUUUGGCUUUACGGGAUCCGACAACAUCGGCAAGUCAGCAUUCCCUGCUAUUCAGGCUGUGCCGUCUUUUUCAGAAACAUUCCCUGUGGUGCUCGGUGGACGUAAAGGGUUGCGUUGCCUCAUUCCCCACGCCAUUGAUCAAGACCCGUACUUCCGCAUGACGCGUGAUGUGGCCCCGCGCAUUGGCUACCUAAAACCUGCGUCAAUGCACUCGAAGUUUUUUCCUGCUCUGCAAGGUAGCACUACCAAGAUGAGUGCUAGCAAGGCGAGCACUACCAUUUAUAUCUCGGACUCUCCGGACGACAUUGCUAACAAGAUCAAGAAGUACGCCUUCAGCGGUGGAGGUGAGACAAAGGCCGAUCACGAAAAAUACGGCGCCAACUUGGAGGCCGAUAUUCCGUACCAAUAUUUGUCAUUCAUGCUUGAGGAUGACGUCGAGCUUGAGCGCAUUGGCCGCGAGUAUAGCGCAGGUCGCAUGAUGUCAGGUGAGGUGAAGCAGAUGCUAAUCGACGUCAUGGCCGAGUACACGCUGGACUUCCAGAAGCGUCGUGCUGCGAUCACAGACGACCUGGUUUCCGAGUUCAUGAGCGUGCGUCCUUUAGAGUUUUAG